AUGCCAUCGUCGAAAUGUCUCCCCCUCAAUGACCCUUCGAACCUGUGGCCAUAUUGCCCGUCGGUCGCUGCAGCAUUGAUCCUCGCGAUCCUCUUCCUGGGCACUACCGUCGUCCACAUAUACCAGGCCGUUCGCCACCGACAACUCUUUUGUCUUGUCGUCGUCAUCGGUGCCUUCAUGGAGACGGCAGCCUUUGCCUUCCGGUUCCUGUCGGCCAAGCAUCCCACCCAGAAAGGAGCGUAUGAUGCGUCUUUCCUCCUCAAUCUUUUGGCCCCAAUCUUUGUCAACGCCUUCGACUACAUGAUCAUCUCGCGGCUGGUCCGGUGUUUUCUGCCCAAGACCAAGGUCUUUGGGCUGGCGGGCAACAUCAUGGGGAAGAUCUUUAUCGGUGGCGGCCUUUUGACCCUGAGCAAGACGCUAAACUCGGCCAAGACGGGGAUUCACAUUGUGACGUUUGGGGUGGUGUUUCAAGAAGCACUGAUCGUCUUCUUCUUCGCCCUGACCGUGCGACUGACGCGGAAGCUUGACUGGGUCAUACCUCGCGGCCAGACGUCCAAGGAAACCAAAAUGCGAGUCCACGCCGUGCAAAUCUCCUUGCUCUUGAUCACCUACCGCAUCGUCUACCGAAUCGUCGAGUUCUCUUCCGGCGAAGGCAGCAGCUUGAACACGUACAUCAACAACCACGAGUGGUGCGAGUAUGUCUUUGACGGCAUACCGAUGGUAUUUGCCUUGGUGGUCAUGAACGUCUGGCAUCCAGGGAUCGUGCUGUCGGCUGGAAACGACGAUGGAUUUGCGGUACCCUUGAACGAAUACUGA